GGCAGCGUGAUUGAGCUACAGGGCCCUUCAGGCUCCGGAAAGACGCAUCUCGUCUUUAACGCUGUAGUCUCGUGUAUCUUGCCCCAACGCCAUGCGGACUCCGACUUAGGGGGGUGGGGUCAGGCCGCUAUGGUGCUCGAUACAGACGAAACGUUCGAUAUCUGCCGUCUUCGCCAACUCCUUGACGCGAAG